UUUCGCUGGGAGCCGUCCGGCAUGGUGUCGCGGGGGGAGCGUCGCCCGUCCUGCGGGGCGGCCGGGAACCUGGCGGAGCUGGCGGAGCUGGACGAGGAGGCGCUGCUGGGCGGGCUGCGGGAGCGGUUCCUGCGGCAGCAGGUCUACACCGACGUCGGGGACAUCCUCAUCGCCAUGAACCCCUUCCAGCCCCUGCCGCUGUGCGGGAGAGAGGUCUCCGAGCGGUACCGGCGCCAGGAGACAGGCAUGCUGCCGCCCCACAUCUUCGCCGUGGCCAGCCGGGCCUACUACGGCAUGCUGGGCCGUCGGGGCAACAGGCCCCAGAACCAGUGCAUUGUCAUCAGUGGAGAGAGCGGUGCGGGGAAAACAGAGAGUACGAAGCUAUUGUUGCAGCACAUAAUGAACCUAUGCAAAGGCAACUCACAGCUGGAGCGGCAGAUCCUUCAGGUAAAUCCAUUGCUUGAAGCUUUUGGCAAUGCCCAGACUGCGAUAAAUGACAACAGCAGCCGCUUUGGAAAAUACAUACAGCUGCGUUUCCAGAAUAAUACAGUGCAAGGUGCAAAGCUGAGUGAGUACCUGUUAGAGAAGUCACGGGUAGUGCAACAAGAUAUCGGGGAGAGGAAUUUCCAUAUCUUCUACUACAUGUUUGCUGGGCUUUCUUCAGAGGAAAAGGAGAUGUAUGGGCUAUUGGAUCCUUCACUCUACAGGUACAUAAGUGGACGAUUUGGUACAUCAGAUGCAGCUCAGUGCUGGAAGCACAAAUACCAAGAGGUGUGCAAUGCCCUUGACAUGGUGGGCUUUCAAGAACAGGAGCAAGUGGACAUGCAGACUAUCUUGGCUGGUGUGUUGUCUCUGGGCAAUGUGACCUUUGAGCCUGAGGAGAGCGAUGGGUCUGUAAAAGUGAGUGAAGUCUCCCAGGGAUGGCUGAAGGCUGCAGCGAGUCAGUUUGGAGUCCAAGAAGAUGAACUGUUAAAUUGCCUUAUUUGUACAAUGUCGGUGACCCGAGGCGAGCAGAUUCAGCGUUUUCACACCCAGCAGCAGGCAGAAGAUGCUCGGGACUCCAUUGCAAAGGUGGCAUAUGGCCGAGUAUUUGGCUGGAUUGUUUGGAAGAUCAAUGAGCUUCUGGCUGAGAACGUGGAUCCUGAGGUGGAACUGAGGGAGAUAGGUAUCUUGGAUAUUUUUGGGUUUGAAAACUUUGCAGUGAAUCGUUUCGAGCAGCUUUGCAUAAACUUGGCCAAUGAGCAGCUGCAGCACUUCUUCAACCAUCACAUUUUCCAGCUGGAGCAGGCUGCCUAUAAGGAAGAAGAGCUGUCUUGGGAGACUAUCACAUUCAACAAUAAUGAACCUAUUCUGAAUCUGCUUCUGGCCAAGCCAGUUGGGCUUCUAUCUCUUCUGGAUGAGCAGAGUGCAUUCCCUCAGGCAACUGAUAAGACGUUUGUGGAUAAACUAACCAGCAGCUUCAAGGCGAGUUUACACUUCCAGCCAGGCCGAGGCCGUGUUUUGUGCUUCAGCAUCAUUCACUAUGCUGGGAAGGUACAAUAUACUGCUGGGGGCUUUCUAGAGAAGAACAGAGACACCUUGCCAGCCAACGUCCAUGGGCUCCUCAUCAACAGUGUCACCCCCUUGCUCAGUGUGCUGUUCAAAGGCAAGUCCCUCUGGUAUGAUAGGGCAUCCCACGUGAAUCAAGGCCCACCUUGGCAAGAGUUAAGUGUGGGGAUGAGGCUUGUGUGCUGUGAAUGUGUUUCACAGCUGGCAGCCCCAGGGAGACUCUGGGAAGACUGCAGCCUGGAGUGGGUCUGCUGGCAUAUACCGAGCUGUCAGAGCUGUUCGUUCCCUCCUGGAAAGCAAGGCAGGUUGUAUCCUCUUCCAGAGAACUGGCCACUGCUCAGAUGUCUUCCCUCAGAUCAGAUAGGCCGUCUUCUCCAGGGCCAGUGCAGGGCUGUCUCCACUCGCCCUUUCCAUGUGCUCUGUUCUUGUCUAGAAAUGAAGCUGGACAAGGCCAUAGCUUCUAGCUGUUCACACUGAAAAU